AGUAUCCACCUAAAGUAUCUAUUAUAGUGACAUUAACUGGUGUAACGAGCUGAAACUUGGAAGACAACGAAUCCUUUCGAUAAAGCUACCAAAAUGCUCCUCUCCAACUGUGGAUUGGCAAUGGUUGCAACUUUUCUGCAUAUAAUAAGUGUUGCAGAAAUGAAGCACAAUAUUGGAGAGAAAAAAGGCUUCGAUUUUUUGGAUGGUUGUCUGGGACCACCGCUAGCACCACUAUUUGGCAAAUUAAAAUGUAAUCCAGCCGGCUGCCGUGCAGCUUGCAGCAAAGACUACGCAUUCCCAAACGGAGAAGAGAUGGUACACAUGGACUGCGUGAAGGGAGAGUGGAUUGUGCGACAUAACAUAUAUCCAAAAUUACCAGAUUGCAACCCCACGAAAUGCGACCCGCCUUGCCUCAACCAAGGAGUUUGCGUGGGUGCUGGAAAAUGUAAAUGCCCUAAGGGGUUUUCGGGGAAACAGUGCGAAAUUGAAGUGAAGGCUUGCGAAAAACCAGCGGACACUGAGAAGCAAACGCAUUUGUGUACUUUAACUGAUUGUCGAUCUAAGUGCACGGAAGGGUACGAACUUCCAGAUGGUUCCACUUCCUUUGAAACUGUUUGCGCAAGUGGAGCGUGGGUGCUUCUGAGUGGUAAACCAGCCCCAAGUUGUGAAGCCGCCUGCAAACCCACCUGUAAAAAUGGCGGGGUUUGUACGAGUCCGAACAAGUGCACAUGUCUCCAAGGUUAUGAAGGUGGUCAUUGCGAAAAUGCCAUUUGUGAUCCACCAUGCCAAAACAAUGGCGUUUGCACUCAACCGAAUAAAUGUAGCUGUCUCAUUGGAAUGAAAGGUCCCUGUUGUGAAUAUAACACCGCCGUUGUUUGUUCAGUCGAUGAUCUGAAGUUUAAUGGUCAGCACGAAUGCACCGUUACGGAUGACUCGAAAGAAUGCGUUUUCUCUUGCGCAAAGGGAAUGAAGCCUAGCCAACCUUUUGCUGCAUUAUACAAAUGCGGAUUUUCCAAAGGGAAAUUCCAGCCAGAAAGUGUUCCAAGUUGUGUUCCUGAAGCAGAGCCGACCGCCGAAGGUUCACUUGAUGCAUCACCGACAAAAGGGAAAUGUUAUACCUGGAGCGGAAUGCAUUACAAAACCUUUGAUGGGAAAAUCUAUGGCUUCACAUCUCCUUGUCCAUACGUUUUGGCCGAAGACGUUGUCGAUGACACCUUCAAGAUAACAAUAGAAAAUAGCAUGGGAUGUGAUUUUGCCGUUACAGAUAACUGCUCUAAAAUCAUUAAGAUCUACUAUGAGGAAAUGGAGUACGACUUAAAGCUAAUAGAUGGUACACCCGCAGUCAUCUACGGUGACAAACGAUUGGAUAUGCCAGUUGAGCUACGAGGAAUAACCAUAAUGCACCGGGGACCUUUCAUUUCAGUCAAUAUUGAUCAGCCGCUUGUAAAGAUCAAGUGGGAUGGCUAUAAUUAUGUGAAGGUUACGGUAGGACAAGAGUUGUGGAAGAAGACUGGUGGCUUGUGCGGUAAAUCAGAUGGUCGUGUUAAUAAUGAUAUGUCCACAAAGGAGGGAAAGGCAACUGACGAUGUUCUCAGUUUUAUUCAAAGCUGGCAAAUCGAUUCUAAAGAGGUAGAUAAGUGCGGUUCCCAGGCAUCUCAGGAGAACCGAUGCCUCGCUUUGAAAGAGGAUAAGCAGGAUGAAGCGAAGAAGUUCUGUCAGGAAUUAUUGGGCGAUUCCCGUUUUGAAGCCUGCAAUGGGAGGGUGGACGUGAACCAAUUUUUAUAUUCUUGCAUUUGGAGUUACUGUGCGUGUGACAAAGCUGAUCCUAAGGAGUGCACAUGCGAAACUGUGAAUAUAUACGCAAGGGAUUGCAUGGAAAAUGGCGUAACUGGCUUGGAGGGUUGGCGAACACAGUUUUGUCCAAUAAAAUGCCCUCAUGGUAAGACAUAUUCAGCAUGCGCACCGAAAGGGGCCGUAUGCGGAGAAGAAGAACAAAGCGCCAAAUGCGAGGAAGGCUGCUACUGUCCCGAGGGUAUGGUUUUGCACAAUGACAAGUGUAUUUCUCGAACGGAUUGCCCAUGCAAAUUCCGCGGGAAGGAGGUUCUCAGUGGAAUCUCCGUCAGUAAAGGGUGUAAUGUGUGCACUUGUAAAGAAGGCAAUUUUGAAUGCACUAAAAGAGAAUGCAAAGCUCGAUGCUCUUCAGUUGGCGAUCCCCACUACAUGACGUUUGAUGGCAAACGUUACGAUUUUAUGGGCCACUGCAUGUAUUAUUUGGUCAAACAUGCCAACUUCAGUAUCAUCGCGGAAAAUAUUCCUUGUACAGGAACAGUUGAAGAGAUGGCCAAUUUGCGCUCAAACUCCGAGUUGCCCUCGUGCACAAAAUCUGCAAUUAUAGAAUACGGUGGACAUAAGAUACACCUUAAUCAAAAUUUUGAAGUUAUAGUCGAUGGGAUUUACAUAAGGGAACUUCCGUUUGCGAUCGAUGGGGUUACAGUUCGCCACGCUUCAUCAACGUUUAUACUAGCCGAACUACCUAUCAAUGUACAGGUGACUUGGGAUGGAAGUAGCCGCUUAUUUGUAGACGGAUCAUCGGCUCUGUAUGGAGAAACAAAGGGGCUCUGCGGAACAUUUAAUAAUAAUAAAGAUGACGAUUUCCUCAUGCCAGAUGGAACCAUAGAAGUAAACGAAGUGCGUUUUGGUAACUCGUGGAAAACGGAUCCGACCUGCGGCGAUGCAAGCGAGAAUGUGGAACACCCAUGCGUCCGAAACCCCAAAAAUAAGGCAGCCGCCCAAAAGAAUUGCAAAAUGAUCAAGUCCAAACUUUUUGCAGAUUGCCAUUGGGAAGUGGACCCUGAAACAUUCUACCAGGAAUGUCUGUUUGAUGUGUGCUCCUGCGAAUUAAAGUUACCGAGAUGCUUCUGUCCAAUGAUAGCGUCGUAUGCAGCCGAAUGUGCGAGAAAGGGGGUCGAUGUUGAGUGGAGAACAAAGGUGAAAGGGUGUGGGGUGCAGUGCAAAUCGGGACAGGUGUAUCAAGCUUGCGGAAAUCCGUGCGCACGUAGCUGCCCUCAAAUAGCAAAACAGGAGGAAUGCCAACCAGAAUGCGUCGAAGGAUGUAAUUGUCCCGUCGGCCAAGCCUUGAACCAGCAAGGCACGUGCGUACCGAUUGCGUCUUGCGAGUGCGAAAUGGAUGGAGCCAUCUUUCCAGCGGGUCACGUCGAAACAAAAAAUCUUGAAGAUACUCUGCUUUCUUGUACAUGUGAGAAUGCUUUGUGGUCAUGCAAACCCAUACCGCGCACCGAAAUAUUCACACUUUCUCUGAAAGAGACGUGCUCGCUCGACGAUAAGAAGUAUACCUUAUGCGCAGCAACUGAGCCAGUGACUUGCAAAAAUAUGCACAAAGAGAUUGCUCCCCCUCCCAAAGAGACUUGCAAGGAAGGAUGUGAGUGUCCACCUGGUCGUGUUCUCGGUGAAGACAAUGAAACAUGCGUGCAACCCACCGACUGCCCUUGUUUCUACGGUGGGCAAAGUCAUGAAGAAGGUCAUGUCGUUAAGGAUGAAUGCAAUUCUUGCACUUGUAAGGAUAACAAAUGGAUUUGUACCGAUAAUAAAUGUCCGGGAUUAUGCAGCGUUUGGGGUAAUUCCCACUUUAAGACAUUCGAUGGUAAAGAGUUCGAUUACCAAGGGCAGUGCGACUAUGUUUUAACUAUGGGUGAGGUGGAGAAAGUCGGAAGUUUUCAAGUGAACAUACAGAACGAACCUUGCGGGUCUAGCGUUAGCUGUUUGAAAUCUGUUACCAUUUCAAUUAAUGAUGGAAACGGCGAAGAAACUGUGGUGCUAAGUAGUGGAAGUCCAAUUCCUGACGCGUCCUCGAACAAACAAAUACAUCUCCACGAUCUAAGUCACUACGUAAUUGCCAACCUGCCCAAAUUUGGCGUGAUGAUAACGUGGGAUAAAGGAAAUCGUGUAUAUGUAUCGCUAGAACCCGAGCUGCACGAUAAGGUGAAAGGAUUGUGCGGAAAUUUCAACGAUUACAGGCCAGAUGACUUCAAAAACCCCGAAGGAGUGCUUGAAGAUUCAACGGAAAAGUUUGGCGACUCUUGGAGUUUACAACCACAAUGUCCUACAGCGGAAAAAAUCACCGACACGUGCGAGAACAAAUCUAGCCGAAAGAAGUGGGCUAAUAAAAUAUGCGAAUUAUUAAAUUCCGCUCCUUUCUCCCUUUGCCAUGACAAAGUUUCGGUGGGGCCUUACGUAAAAAAAUGCAUAUUCGACGCUUGUGGAUGUGAUGAAGGCGGCGACAGUCAUUGCGUGUGCACAGCCUUCGCGGCUUACGCAUAUGAAUGUAACAGAAACGGAAUUUCCAUACAUUGGAGAACUCCAACCUUAUGCCCAAUGCAAUGUGACUCUACAUGCUCACAUUACGACCCUUGCAUUAGCAUAUGUCCCUCUAAAGAUGAUGUAAGUCCGUACGUUUACAAGAAGCAGAGCCAUUUGUGUGGAAAAAAAGACGUAUGUCUCGAAGGGUGCAAAGCAAGAUCAUGUUCCGCUCUGGCAACCGUAAAACUGCCUUGUAUGGUCAUUGAAGGAAAGGUAUUCUACGAAGGUGAUCUAAUAGAGGAGAGCGAAUGUCGCGCGUGUCACUGCUGGGGUGGUAAAAAGGAAUGUCAGUGUAUCGCUGGGAUAUAAAUAUACUUUAGUUUUCUUUAUGGAUAUAGGUACUUUUACCUUUAUAUAACGAAAAUAAAUUAAUUAGAUUUA